GGGGCCUCCGAGAAAAUGCCAACAUGGAACCGAGGCAAGGACGAGAUCUUCUUCAGCUGCAAUAAUACGAAAAAAGGACCUGCGUCCAGGCCAAGUUUUGUUUAAUUACACACAGGAAAGCUCCAUCCGUCUCACUUUGAGGGUUAUUAAAGGGAGGAAUCUGCGUGAUCCACCCCCUCACUCACCUGCCUUUAUUUUGAUCCGGACUGUAAUAAAUGGUUUCAUUAAGUGAUAAACCAGUGGCCAUCGCUAAUGACUCACUUAUGCUGCUCACACUGCCCUGCAUGGAGGCAGGGGGCAGUGAGACAGGCAGUGAAGGAGGCAGCUCAGCCUCCUGCUCCAGCCCCGAGAUGGGCGACACCGCUGCCGGUCUGGGUGAAGAAGAAGAAGACGACGAUGAAGAAGAAGAAGAGGAUGGACUUCUGAAUUUUGACCUGACUUCAGGCCUGGAGGAAGUUUCCAGAUUUCCUGAUUUCACUUUGCACGUUUCAAACAGCUUCUCUCCGACUCUUGAGGACAUCGAGGAGUUCUUGAUGGAGAAGAUGGAGCAGGUGGAGAAGGGCCUCGGCAUUCCAGACGCAGAAGCCGAGCAGGUCAUCGAUAAAGACGUGGCAUCUCCUACGAGUCAGCUGGACAGUACGGCUGUCAAAUCUUCCACCCAGACACCUGCUAGUCAGACCGCUAGCGCUACAGCUAGCUCUGCUCCAGUGUUAGUUGGAGCUCCAGUGGUGCUGCAGAUUCAACCUGUGCAGAUCAGCCACCCGCUUCCCCAAACUAACCCCCCUGCCAACGGAGUGCGGGUGGCCCACCUGGUGCUGAGUGUCCAGGGUGGGCAGAACGUUGCUCUGCUGUACCCUCAGACGCCCUCUGCGACCGUGUUGCCCAUCGUGGGUGAGACCGGAUGCCAAGACCAAAAGUAUGUGAAGAUUGCCCCGCUGCCCAUCGCCUUUAGGGCAGUCGGCAUUGCAGGGACCAGCUUGGUCAAAGCCAUCCCUCCACGCCCACCCAGGCCCUCUACGGAAAACCUGCGUGUGCACAAGUGUUCCCAUCCAGGGUGCGAGAAGAUGUACACCAAGAGCAGCCACCUGAAGGCCCACUUCCGCAGACACACAGGCGAGAAGCCGUACCUGUGUAGCUGGCCAGACUGCGGCUGGAGGUUCUCCCGGUCGGAUGAAUUAUCCCGUCACCGCCGCUCACACUCGGGAGUGAAGCCUUACAAAUGCACGAUGUGCGAUAAGAAGUUCGCCCGGAGCGACCACCUGUCCAAACACACCAAGGUGCACAGGAGCCCGCGAGCGAGCAGACUGGCCAGACCGAGCGUCUGAAAAAAGCACCGUCCUUCCACUACCAACCUGGAAAAGCUAGAUCUUCCUUUAUUCUUCACUUCCUUCUUCCUUCCUUCCUGCUCGGUUCUCUCCAGAUCUGUGCUUUUCUCGGUGCUAAGCUAACGCUGGCUAACUUGAACCUCAGGGAUGUGAUUGUCCAGCCCCGAAGCUAUGCGCUGCACACUACGCACUACACCCCUUUGUCCGCUUCCUUGGUGUGAAUCCGAUUUGGGAGAGAUUUCCAUGCGUAUAAAUAAUCCGGGUUGAGGCUGAUAGGGUUACACGGUGCUAAACUGGUGCGUUUUUUGUGAAUAUUCCCUAGAAAUCUGAACGGGAAAGACUCCGUCCGAGCGUGAGCACGUCUCCAGACUGCCUUACAUUGACAUCCUGUCUUUCCUAAGCUACAUGUAAACCUGCUUGUGUAUGCUAAAACGCCGAGAUCUGGAAAUAACAUGCACUUCCGUGUCAGUAUGGAUCGGAUAAUACGUAUGAUUAUACUAUCAAUGGAAUAGUAUCUAAUGUAUAGCACUUAAGGUAAGAUUUUGAAAUGUCCUGCCUCUGCAAAAUCAAUCAAUGCAUCAAUGCAAGGUCCAGUGUGAUUGUUUUUUUGUUUUUUUCUUACUUACUUUAAUACCUUUUUUUCUUUUUGUACUAAUGCCUGAUGUUACUGCCUUUCUUUCUUUCUUUCUUCUUCGGUCCAAUCACAUCCCUGAUCAAACCAAAUUGCGUCGAAGUGCGUCUAUCCUGUGCCUCGCGUCUCUUUCAGAUUGUUGAGAGAGGCUAAUGCCAAACCAGAGAUCCCGGCGAUCGGCGGGACUUUGGCGUACAACAUUCAUUACGUUCAAGGAAUUGCCGCUCACGUACUGUAAAAACAAACAAACAAACAGAACACGCAAAUAAGCUAAAGACAAGGGGAUGCAUCGAUACUGAUACUGGAGUCAGUCUGAUACUGUGCUUAUGACGUCGUACUGUAGCUAUACGCUGUACUCGUAACAUCGUAAACCGAAAACUCUAGCCGAAAAACCAUGCUAGGUGACGCUAGGUAUGUUUUGACAAUCAAAUAAACAAAAAAAAAACAAUUUUUUAACACUGUUUUCAAUUGUAAUGAAAAACACUUUCCUGAUGUCUACUCGAUUCGACUCGUGUAGCUAGCUAAGGCACUUCGAUUCUAAUGAUGCAGCUAACGAUAUAAAGAACGAGACGCCUGUUCACACGUGUUCACGAUGGCUAAACAAAAAGCAUAACCCCCCCCCCACACACACACACACACGUACGUGUCCUCUCAGUAUCAGUAUCGCUAACGUUACCGCUUUCCGCAGGAAGAGAAACGGUAUCGCUGCAUCCCCGUAGGAACAGGAUAUAAAAAACUUGAGGUUAAUAAGCUACGUUUUCCCGAGCAGAGCUAUAUCGCGUUUCGUUCGAUCGAGCAGGAGCAGACGAACGAAGGUUUCAGUUUAUGAAGCUAUCUUCUUGUGAUUGUAAAUGAAGUUGUUUGUUUUUUGUUUUUUUUUAUUUUAAACACACUCUGUCCUUCCGAGUUUCGUUCUUUGAAAAAGAGCAGAUCAGUAGCUUCUAAAGCUUCCUCACUACUCACCAUUGCCUUUGCCCUUUUUUGUUAUUAUUGAUUUUUUCUCUCUCUCAGUGUUGUUUAGAGAAAUCAUGAAAAAAACAAAGCCGCGUCAGAGGUUACAGAGGUAACAGCGAGCUCCGGCUCCGGUGUAUGCGCGACUUUACGUUAAUUAACACGUGACGGAGUUUGACGGUGCUCACGGAACGAGGGCUUUAUGUUCUUUCAGUGCUGUGUUUCAUACACACUCGUCAACUUGCCCUCCUUACUUCCUCUUGGCCAGAAUCUCACCAGAUAAUUGGCUGUAGGUCCAGAAAUCAUAUACCUAUAAAGUGUUUUAUUCCUUUUAUACCACGGCUAUUUACCACUUACUAUACAUUCAUCUGUUUAAAGUUAACCUGAUUUAAUCUAAUUACUUCCUCUUAUCACUUACAUUACACUAGCUAGAAACAUUCAUUCCCUGAACUCCUCUGUUACAACUUCUAUCUGUUGCAAAGCCCCGACACUGGAGACUCCUUCCCUAUACCUUAAAUACAGUGGAUCCUCGGCAUACGAACUUAAUUCAUUCUGGAGGCGAGUUCUUAAGGUGAAAAUGUGUACUGCAAUACGAAUUUUCCCAUAAGAAAUAAUGUAAACACUAAUGAUAAUGACCAGCCACGCAAAAAUAUGCCCAAUAUUCCCAAUACGAAGCGUAUGUAAACUGUACGGCUGCUUACAAAGAACUGACCCAAGCCAUUCCAUGUCAAGGGUCCUCACAGGAAGUCGUACCACUGAGCUUAGGUGAAAAAUAGAAGAGAGCCACCAAUCUGUCAACAAAAAAACACCCGAAAAAUCACCUAGCUUUUGAACGCAUGCCGAAGGCGACGUUGGUAUCAUGGGGUGACUCUUUCCAAACAGCUUUCACUGACUUCGCUCAGCUUUCCACUGACGCUAACAAGUUAUGGAAGACUCCCGGACGUACGCGCAACUAAGGCGAAAAUUCGUAAGGGAGGACAUUCGUAUGCCAAGGUUCCACUGUACUCACAGAAUUAGCAAUUAACAAAUCCGUUGAUGUGAAUGCUGUGACUGGCCGCUGCUCCACUGUCCGAACUUCAUUUUCUGACCAGUCAGAAUCAGCGCUGUGGUGUAAAUGAAAAUAACGAGCACAUUUAGCUACACUGCCAGUCAGAAUCUCUUUAAACUCCCGGAUCUCAUGUCUCGGGUCGAUCUUUUCAUUGCAGACCAAAUUAAACGAUGCUUAAUAAGUGAAAUGGAAAGAAACUGCAAUCUUCUAAACUUUUCUUAUAAACCAAACGCUCCGUUAAAGACGGAUCUUAGGGUAAAAAUUUUAGGUGGUGGCUAAAGUGUUGAAUCAGAAAAGCGUGACGAUAAAAUAUCGACGAUAUCGUGAUAAAUUCCCACUGAAAUAUACAUUUCUGAGAUAUUACAGAUAUUGUGAUUAGCUUUUUAUAAAUAUCUGAUAUUUUUUUUUAAUAAUUACAAAUGUAAUUUUUAUUAAAAAAUAUGGUAAAAAGAAAUUCUGAAUAUUUCUGAUUUCUUUUUAGCCGUUACAAAAAAUGAAAAUAAAAUAAAUUAAAAAAUGCAUUUUUUUUUAAUUAUGGUAAAUAUUUAAAAAGAAAAAGAAAAGUGAAGCCAUUUAUUUUCAUAGAUAUAAAAUCUACAAUAAAUUAUUUGAUGCAGAUCUAUUGUCCUACACUAACUUUUAAAUAUUUUUUGGUAGAAGUCUCUGUGAACGACGGGAUGAUAUUUUUGGCAUGUUACGCAUUCUUACUAAUUAGAAGGCUAAUAUUAGUAAUUUUACAUUACAUUUAAAUUGUUGUACGUUUUCAAUAAUCAAAAAUUUAUUUUGAGGUGAAUUGAACCACAGAGCUAAAAUACGGCACGUUCCUAAAUUUCUGACCGGCGGUGUGGGUAUUCACGUGUUCCAUUUUCCGUGUUUGUUUCGGACUUCGUUGGAAAUUCGUGGGCAAAUCGCUAAGAGGAAGUGAAUGAGGGCAACGAAAGAACAGCAUUGAAACACGCAUGCCUUAUUAUUAUUCUCUUCUUUCUGGAAGAGAUUUACUCUUUCUUUUUAUUAUUUUUAUUUUCCUUUCCCUAACAACUGCUUCUGACCCCCCACCAACCCCCCCCCCCUCUCUGUAUCUCUCUCCCUCUCUCUCUCUCUCUCUCUAACUUCCUCUCUUUCUCUCCAUGCCCCCCCUCUCUUCCCUUUCUCUCUCUCUCUCUCUCUUUGUCUCUGUCUCUGUCUCUCUCUCUGUCUCUCUCUCUCUCUCUGUCUGUCUCUCUCUCUGUCUCUCUCUCUCUCUCUCUCUCUCUCUCUCUCAUUAAUGCAUUAACACUUUAAUUUCCUCAUUAAAGCCAUCCAGUAUAGCUGCUCAGCUCUGUCUCUGUCUCUCUCUCUCUCUCUCUCUCUCUCUCUCUCUGUCUCGCUCUCUCUCUCUCUCUCUUUGUCUCUCUCUCUCUCUCUUUGUCUCUCUCUCUCUCAUUAA